AUGGAGCUACCAGAUGAAUGAGACCCAGAUCUGCCCCCAGACCUGAGGAUUUGUAACCAAGAUGGCCACAUAAACAUAAUUGUAAAGCAAGUGGUAAGGUUUCCGUUGAUGUCUAAUAUACAUAUGAAAACGUGCACAGAUUAUAAAGAUAAAGCUCAGUGAAUUUCUAGAAGUUAAACACAAGUAGCAUUCAGAUCGAGUCAACAAAACGGUUACCAGAGCUAUGAGAUUCUCAUGCUCCAGCACCGACCCCUCCCAAGGAUCAUUUGGAGUCACUCAUGCAGCUGUAGCCCUCUGAGGCUCGAAUGGGGCUUGGUGAUUCAAGAUGGUCUCACUUUCAUGUCUAGUGGAAUUUGAGAAUAAAAUCCCAGCAAAAUGCUCUUUAACGGGGACACCGAUCCAACCGAAGAUGAGACGGCAGACAAGCCUCCGGCAGACAAGUCUCUCAGGUGUUCGCUGCCAGAAGUUUAUGCAUUUCUUGAGAAUUUUAAUAAGGAGAGCAAGAAGUCAAGUCUCCUAAAAACUCAAAGUAUUUCACCCAGUGAAGCACAGAAAAUGCUUAAUCAAAACCUGAAUGCCAUGUCAUUCACCAGUGGAACUGAUGUCAAGGAAAAAGACCCCCAGUCUAUUUUCAUGUGCAAGGUGGUUAGAAAAGAAAAGGAGAAACCAGAACCGAUGACUGAACUACUGUACCAAAGCUUGUUGGCCAUCUCACCCUCUCCAGUGGGGGGGCUGUCCAAAUCCCAACAGAGGCUCUUACAGUGUGGAAUCCCUCCCCCCACACACACCUUUCCCUAUGAGAUUCUCGUUGAUCACUCCAGCUCCUCAUCACUAUCCCCCACGCAGAAGACUCAGGGAAUUAACAUAUUACAUGGGCUGGGGAUUUCCAGGAUCAUGCCAGAAAAUUUUAUCUUUGAACACAGAAUUUCUGAGUACUUCUUAAUUGAUCCAGAAAAACAAUUCAUGGACCUAAGGGAUCUGGAAUGGAGAUAUUACAAGGGGAUCGUGAAGUGGAAGCACAGUACUUUAGAUUCAUUCAUAAAUAUAAAAUACAACAGUGAGAAGAGGUUUGUGGAGAGCCAGGAGAUGCCUGGUGUUAUUUCCCCUCCUCUAGUUUAUAGGUCUUUAGUCAUUUACCCUCAGAUUGAUUAUCCAAAAAAUACAACUUCUUAAAUAAAAUACGUAGCUUAUUAAAACAUCUUGGAUGUAGAUUUUGCUUUUGACAGCAUUGAAUUUAUACAUGAAAAGUAAAGAAGCAGAGGAGCCAUGGGACAUCGGAAUUGCUGGGUCCCUACAAUCUUCAUGUAAGGUCCAAAAUUAAACUAUUAAUAUGGAGAAAAAGAUUUGAACCAAUCUGCUUGUGUAAG